UGGGAUAUGAUCGAGACGAUGAAAACGAAAGGGUUCGGUGUGUCGAAGGGUGCGUUUAUUGAAAUGUCGGAGAAAUUCCAGAAGGAUGGGUUGAGUAGUGAUGUUGAGAAGUUAAAUGAGUUGUUUGCUUCUGGUUCGAAAAAUAACGCGAGCAAAUUAAAUGACCUUGAAAAGAUUUGUUCGAGUAUUACUAAGAUAGUUAAGAGUGAACUGUGGGGAGAUGAUGUGGAAAAGCAGCUGCUGGAAGUCGGUGCGAAGUUCUCGAGUGAUCUGGUUACGAAGGUGUUGGAGAAUCUUGAAAUCGAUCCCAAUAAAGCGUUGAUUUUCUUUAGGUGGCUGGAGGGAAGCAGUCUUUUCGAGCACGAUCAACGAUCGUAUAAUGCAAUGGCUAGGGUGUUGAGUAAAGAAGAUCACACUGAGAAGUUUUGGAGGUUUGUUAAUGAAAUGAGAAGUGAAGGGCAUGAGAUGCAGAGGGAUACGUAUGUUCGUAUCUUGGAGAGUUUUGUCAAGAGGAAAAUGAUGAAGGAUGCUGUGGAUUUGUACGAAUUUGCAAUGAUUGGAGGGAACAAGCCUUCGUCGCCGGACUGCAUUUUCCUUUUGAAGAAAAUUGUUGUAGGCGAAGAAUUGGAUAUGGACUUGUUCUCGAGAGUCUUGGAGAUAUUUAAGGCCAGCGGUAAUGUUUUGACCGAUAGUAACCUUGAUUCGAUUAUCAAGUCUUUAACCAGUGUUGGUAAAAUGGCAGAGUGCAAUGGUAUACUGUCGGCAAUGGAGGAGCAUGGUUAUGUACCCAGUGAUUCGUCACGAUCUAAGAUUGCCUUUAAGCUUAGCAAAGGUGGGAAAACAGAGGAAGCGCGAGAGUUUAUGGAUAACUUAUCGACUACUCAAAAUGAUUCAGUUUAUGGAACAUGGGUGUCUUUAAUUAAAGGAUAUUGCGAGGCUUGCAAUAUGGAUGAAGCUUCUAGAAGUUUCCGGGAGAUGGUUGAAAAGGAAGGAGCCUCGUUUGGUGCACAGCCAUUGUUAGACUUGCUGGUCGGUACUUACUGUCGGAAUAAUAAACCAUUCGAUGCAUACAAGUUUGUUUCAGAGAUGGUGAAUGAUAAAGGGUUAAGUCCUUGGAAUGCAACAUACAAAACAUUGACAAGCAAGCUAUUGACUGAAAGAAAGUACUUCAAAGAAGCUAUAGAUGUUAUGACUAUGAUGAAGAAUCAAGAUUACGCUCCCGAUUUGGAUUCGUUUGUUAAGUAUUUCUCCAAGACUGGUUCUGCUGAAGAGGCGAUUGUAUUUUCACAAGCAAUGUCGUCGAAAAGAUUUCCAUCAACUAACGUGUUCCUUCGGUUAUUCGACGCGUAUCUGAAAGCCGGAAGGAAGAGCGAAGCACAGGACUUCCUUUCGAAAUGCCCCAGCUACAUUAAAAGCCAUGCCGAUGUUUUGGACCUGUUUUAUUCGAGGAAAUCUCGUGGAACCAAGACUAAAGCUGUGGCCGUGGCUGUGUAGCAUCAAUUUAGGUUUGAUUCUGUUUCUUGGAACACCAUGAGUUGGUAUGUUUUUGUUUUGAACUGUUGGCCAGUUAUUUAUAUUUGAGCAUGUCUGAAUUUUGAUAUGAAUAAACCAAUGAAAUGAUCCCGGAAUCUUGAUUUUUCGUGGUAACUGCUCGUUUUUUUUUUUUUUUUUUUUUUUCUCGAUCUUUUUGUAAUGAGUUCAUGUUGAACUUUGAUACAUGUUUCAGAUGCUAUCUCUGAAAGCCUGUAGUUAACAUCCAAGUUUUCAAGGAUGAGAUUAUCACAUUAAAACCUUCUGUAGGCAUGUUUUAAAGAGGAUAAGAUUCUAUCCAGUAGCAUCUUUUUUAUU